UUAUGAGCUUAUUCAUGACAACACUACUGAAUCAAAGAGAACAAUAAACAUCCUACAGCGCAUGAAUAUCUACCAAGAAGUGUUCCUUAGCAUUUUGUACAGAAUACUUCACAUCCAGACCUACUUGGAGCCAAUUUAUUUCUACAUCUACACAGUGUUUGCUUUGCAGACAGUGUAUGUCAUCUCCCUCUUUAUCACUAGCUGGUUACUCAGUGACUCAUGGCUGGCUGGAGCCCUCAGUGGAGUCUGGUACAUUCUCAACAGAGUGGAUACCACACGCGUGGAGUUUACAAUCUCUCUAAGGGAGAACUGGUCAAUACCUUUCUUUGCUCUUCAGGUGGCUGCUAUAACCUGCUACUUAAGGCCACAGCUAAAGCCUAUUCACCAGAGGGUGGUGCUGUGGCUGGUGUUCGUCUCCACCUUCUGCUUCUGUUUGACAUGGCAGUUCAAUCAGUUUGUCCUACUGGUGCAGGCCCUUAUAAUCUUUACUCUGGAUUGCCUGGACUUCUUCACAGCGGAACAGGUGGUUUCUCUGUACCUGAUGCAGGUGUUGAGUCUGUUAUUGGUGUGGUUACUGCAGUUCUGCAAUUCUAUGAUUCUGGGCUCUCUAGUGCUCAGCUUCAUUGUGUCUGCCCUCUUCAUCAAACACUUCCAGACGGGACUAAAGACGGGCGGCUUUGUUAUACGAAUAGGAAAACUGGCUCUUCACACACUCCUAGUCCUCACAUUAACUUUCACCAUCAAUUAUUCAGCCAAGAAAAUACUCCAGCUGAAAUCGGACGAGCACAUCUUUAAGUUCAUAAAGGCCAAGUUUGGCCUCGGGGCAACGAGAGACUUUGAUGCCAGUCUCUAUCUGUGCGAAGAGGCUUUUGGCUUGUUGCCAUUGGAUACAUUUGAGCGGUUGGCUGGCACAGUGCUGCUCUAUCCGUAUCUGUGCACCCUCAGUGUGCUCUUCAUCUUGCUGCUGCUCGUGGCGCUCUCUAAUCUCAGCACUAAUGGGUCAGGCCAAGCAUGCAGGGAGAGAGAAGACAGGACCUUUAGGAUGCGUCCGGAUGUUGCUUACAAUCUCUUGCACACCGUCUUCUUCGGCCUGCUCGCCUUUUCCACUAUGAGGAUGAAAUAUUUGUGGACUGGCCACAUGUGUGCAUUCGCCGCCUUUGGGGUGUGUGGUAAGGAGGUGUGGUCGUUGUAUCUGAGGGUCCUUCACUGCAACACUAGAACCAUGAUGAGACUGAUCAGGUACUCUGUUCCUAUUGUAAUACUGGCGUUACUUUAUUACAAGUUCUGGCCCAGACUGAUGGAGGAGAUAUCUGAGCUGAGAGAGUUUUAUGACCCAGACACUAUGGAGCUAAUGGAGUGGAUCAGAUUGAAGACGCCCAAACGGGCAGUGUUUGCAGGCAGCAUGCAGCUGUUGGCAGGAAUUAAGCUGUGUACAGGGAGAGUAUUGACAAACCAUCCACACUACGAGGACCAGGCACUGAGAGAGAGGACCAGACAGGUAUAUCAGAUCUAUGCGCGUCAGUCUGCUGAGGAGGUUCAUAAAGUGCUCGGUUCGGUUGGAGCGGACUACAUCGUGCUGGAGGACAGCAUCUGCUACGAGCGCAGGCACAGCCGUGGCUGUAGGCUGAGGGACCUGCUCGACCUGGCAAACGGACAUAUCAUGGACGGGCCAGGUGAAAAUGAGCCGGACCUCAUCUCGGCAUCUCACCCGCGGUUUUGUGAGGCCAUUAAGACCGACAUGCCUCCUUAUUCAACCCUCUUCACACGAGUGUUCAAAAGCAAGACAUUUCACGUGUACAAACUCAAGAAACUCAAAAAGAAAAAACUAAGCUGAGAACAGUCCGUAAUGCUCAUUCCUCAACAGCAGUCGCCCACCUUCACUGGAUGGCUGAACGCCCCAUCUGGAAUGUUCAGUGAGUGUGUGAUAGUAGCAGGUGUGUGUGUGUGUGUGUGUGCAUGAGAGAGAUCGGAGAGAUGCCUGAUUGAGCCAGCACGCACUAGAUGAUUUGGUGCGUGUUUGUGUGUGUGUAAAUCUGCUCUGAGCCGGUCUGCCGCAACAGGAGCUCAAGUUUAACGUGGAGAGAGGGGGGGGGAAAUCUCUUUUUCUCACAGUCUGACACCCCGCUUGCUCUCUCUCUCUCUCUCUGAUCAUUGCAUCUCUUUCUACACAUGCCCUUCCACCAAACACAUUUAGGCUUUUCACACACAUUUGCUACUAAAAGAAAAUGUGAGGUGAAGACACAAUGACUGCUUUCACAGCCUCAUUCCUGUCGCAAACUAAAUGAAAAGAGAAAAUAGCAAUGGGGAAAAAUGCUUUGUAUUUGGAAUUCACACUAGCUGUUUGGGAUUAUUAGUGGCUGUUGUAGUGUUGUCUUUAUAUCUGCCAAACUGUUGGCCGGUGUUAAGUUGGGCCACAUCCUACUAUCUGGCUGCUUAAAAAAAAAAAAAAA